AUGGGGAGUCCAACGAAAGAAUUCGUUGUCGAGAGAGGCCUUCGGCAAGGAGACCCUACAUCUCCGUUUCUUUUUAUUUUGGUGACUGAAGCUCUUGCAAGUUUGGUUAGGAAAGCUACUGCCAAUGGAGAUUUCAACGGUUUCCAGUUUAAUGAGGAGUGCACGGUGGACAUCCUUCAGUUCGCAAACGAUACUUUACUUAUUGGAAAGGGAGGAUGGAAGCACAUUUGGUGCCUUAAGUCAAUCCUUAGAGGAUUUGAAUUGAUUUCGGGACUAGGAGUCAAUUAUCACAAGAGCAAACUUAUUGGUAUAAAUCUUAGUCCGCAUUUCUUGUCAGCUGCAGCUAAUUUUCUUUGCUGUAAGGAGGAAGAAAAACACUUUAAUUUUCUCGGUUUACCCAUAGGCGCCGAUCCUAGAAGGAUUACUACUUGGGUACCUUUAAUGAAGAAAUUUAAAGACCGUCUCAACUGCUGGAAGAGAAGGUUGCUCUCUCUCGGUGGGAGAAUCUCUCUAACUAAAUUUCUUCUUAAUAGCUUGGCUAUUUUUCAUCUUUCGUUUUUCAGGGCUCCGAAGAAGGUGUGCAGCCAACUUAACACAAUCCAAAACCGAUUCAUAUGGGGCGGUGAAGAGAGCAAGCGUAAGAUACAUUGGAUAGGAUGGAAUUAUACUUGUCUCCCUUUGAAAGACGGAGGUUUAGGUUUGAAAAACAUUGAGGAUUUCAAUUCGGCUUUGAUGCUAAAGUGGAAAUGGAGGAUUCUUGGAGGUGAACAAGCUAAAUGGAAAGAGGUCCUCUCUACCAGGUAUGGGAACAUUCAAUUGGCUCUGCAAAUCGAUAGUCCAGUGAGAUGUAGAAGACGUUCAUCAGCUUGGUGGAGUGAUAUAAAGAAGCUGGAGAACCGGGUACAGCGGAGCAUUGUUCGUGAACAGCUGCAAUUUUAA